GCCCGAGGCCAGCCAAUGGCUGCCGGCGGGGUGGGCGGGGCGAGCGUGUUUCUCUUCCGGGUCGGCGCAGGAAGUGCCGGUCGCGGUGAGAAACGCGGCCGGGGCGGGCGGCAGGAGACAGAUGGGCCGCAGGAAGUCAAAGCGGAAGCCCCCACCCAAGAAGAAGAUGACGGGCACCCUGGAGACGCAGUUCACCUGCCCCUUCUGUAACCACGAGAAGUCCUGUGACGUCAAAAUGGACCGGGCUCGGAACACUGGCGUAAUAUCAUGUACUGUGUGUCUGGAAGAAUUUCAGACUCCCAUAACGUAUCUUUCCGAACCGGUGGACGUGUACAGUGACUGGAUAGACGCUUGCGAGGCGGCCAACCAGUAGCAGCAACUGGGCAGGGAGCUCAUUUGUGCUAAUUCUGGAUAUUACAGUAUUUUGUAUGUG